AUGCGCUACAGGCGUAGCUCCACAUCAAGUAGCUCCACAGCUGGAAAGCCGUGUCCCUCAGGUUGUUUGACGUGCUCAGCCCUGAAUGGUUGCCUGUCCUGUAAACCUCGCCUCUUCUUUCACCUGGAGCUGGAUGGGAUGAAGCAGAGAGGAGUUUGUCUGUCCUCCUGUCCCCGCGGCCACUAUGACACUCGCCUUCCCCACAUCAGUGUCUGUAAAAGAUGCAAAGAGGACUGUGCCUCCUGCUCAUUCAGUGAAAGUUUCUGCACCCGUUGCCACUUGGGUCGUUUCCUGUUCCGGGGCAAGUGUGAACACAGCUGUCCAUUUGGGCUCACAGCCAACUCUGGCCUAAGAGAAUGUAUAGAGUGUCCUGCUGGCUGUGAGCUGUGCAUGCAGAGGAACAUGUGUGUGCGCUGCAGAUCAGAUUUAUACACUCUUCAAGGCCUGUGCUAUCUCACCUGCCCAAAGGGUUUUGAGCCUGACGAGCAGCUUAUGCAGUGCCUCCCGCAAGUGCACUGUGAGGUAGGAGAGUGGUCAGACUGGAGCCCAUGUGUUCGCAAACACAGCAUGAAAACGUUCCCAAGAGGAAAAAAGACACGCACAAGACCAGUUCUGAAUCCCCCAAACCCGAAAGGCCAUUUAAAACUACAGCUCAAAAUGGCAGGCUCUGAAAAGGUGGAUUCUGGUUUGAAAAGCCUCAGUCCUAAGCUGCAGGAGCAAGUGAUGGACUCCCCUGGUCCCAGCGGUAACCCAGAGUGUGCCAUCUGCCUGCAGAGCUGUGUGUACCCCGUGCAGCUCCCUUGCUGUCAUGUCUUCUGUUUUCUCUGUGUGAAGGGGGCGUCCUGGCACAGUAAGCGCUGUGCUCUGUGCCGUCAAGAGGUGCCCGAGGACUUCCUGGAGCGACCAGUCCUUCUGUCCCCUGAAGAGCUGAAAGCUGCUGCGGCAGGGCUGAGCCAAGGGGUAGGAGCAGGUGCCCAUAAAGACUAUGCAUGGUACUAUGAAGGACGAAACGGCUGGUGGCAAUAUGACGAAAGAACCAGCCGAGAGCUUGAGGAGUCCUUUUCCAAAGGCAAAGCCAGCACAGAGAUGCUGAUCGCAGGCUUCUUGUAUGUAGCAGAUCUGGAAAACAUGGUGCAGUAUCGCCGAAAUGAGCAUGGACGCAGGCGCAAGAUCAAGAGAGACGUCGUUGAUAUUCCUAAAAAGGGGGUCGCUGGACUACGGUUAGACCCAGAGUCUGCUCCCAGUACACCACCAGCUGAACGAGUACAUUUAGCUGAUGGGUCAGAUACAACAGGUCAGCCCUUACCUGCAGCUCUGCGCUUUAUGACGUCUGUUCCUCCUGUAAGACCCCCCACACUUCUGGGCCGUCCUGUGACAAGAAUACAUACUUCGUUGCCUGCUUCUCUCGAAGAGACAUUUUCACAACUUCUGGUCAGCUCCCCAGAGGAAGAUGCCGAGGACGGAGAGGACAACACCUCGAGCAGCAGUGAAGAGGAGUCAGAAAGAGCUGGAGGAAGAGCAGCAUCACUCCGGCUGAGGAGGGGCAGACCAAGGCCCAGUGAGAACCAGCCCUCCAGGAUGCCUCCGAGAGGAGCCCCUCCCACCACUGCACCUGUGCGCUCACGCAGCCCUGAUGGACAGUGCACCUCCACUGAGGUCUAA